AUGAAGUCAGGUCUCACCGCAGAAAUGGCAGCUCUUGCCUCUAUCAAAGCCCGUCGAAUCCCACUACGGGGAGAUGUCAUUUUCGCCGCUAUCUCGGACGAAGAAGAUAAAUCUCAAGGCACACAAGAUCUGAUCGCCGCUGGCUGGCGUGCAGACGGAGCUGUUAUUCCGGAGCCUACCAAUCGCAGUGCGGUUCACGGUUCAGAUCCGACCACUGGAGUUGAUUCAAUUCUUCACGCCGGUUGGCCUCUCACUUCACUGGAGGAAUACCAACACCAUCUACCAGUUGAUGAAGUUGUCGAUCCUUCGUCCUUGAAUUGCAGUCUAAUUCGUGGAGAAGAACCGUCUUCAUACCCAACAAAGUGUACCGUGAUGAUUUAA